AUGGCUACAGAUUCAGAAAAACUUCUCCAACGGAUUAAGGGACUAGAGCAGGAAAUUGCGCAGGCACGACGCGAAAAGGAGCAGACACAGAGCUUGCUCCGCGACACAACGCUUCAGGAAUACCUAAGGGGCUGCCAGGAGCUUGUCUUAUCCAAGGUUCAUCUCGUCACCGAUGGCUACCUCACCACCAAAGCUCCUUUAAACAAUCCUACUCGAAAGCACUGCCCGACCCUUCUUGUGCCUUGGGACGACUUUAUCCCGGCACAGACCGAUGUGUUUCAGCAAAUCGACCGGAUUUUCCCCCACGAUGAGCGACUAUUCGAGAGCCUCCACUUCCUUGAGGUUAUGGGCAAUCGCAUAGAUGCCUGUCGUGUACGCGAUGAGGCUUCUCUUGUGAGCGUCCAGCAGAAUACUAUUGAAGUCCCUGUACGCAUCAUCAUGUCCAAAAUCAACGACUUUGAUCCUCAGAGGUACAGCCUCGCUGUUCCUGAAGAGAAGGAUAUUGCAUUUAUCAUUGAGUACAAGGCAAUUCAUAAACUCCAUACGGCGCAUUUUGACCAGGGACUCCAGCAGAUGAAUAUUCUUGAAGAAGCCGUUAAUAAGAUGACAUUACCGACCGCUGAGCCUGAAAGGGUUAAACACUACGCUGAGCUUCUCUCGGCAGCGGCCGUUACACAGACGUAUCACUAUAUGCUGGAGGCUGGGCUGGAAUACGGCUAUUUGACCAACGGCGACGCCAUUGUCUUUCUCAACAUUGACUGGACUGACCCGACGGUGCUUCGCUACCAUCUUGCACGACCGGCCCGCGAGGUACUGGUGGACCAAGAUGCUACUUGGAGUAAUGCCGUCUGUCAAGUCCUUGCAUUCACCAUAAUGGCGCUCCAAUCGAGUCAACAUAGUAACGAUGAGCGUGUGGCAGCGAAUAAGUGCAACAAAUGGUUGGUUGAUUUUGGGCACGUUUUGGACCAGAUUCUCAAAGAAGAGGAAGAGAGAGAAAAGAAGGCUGCCCAUUCGGGCCCAACAACGUCUAUAGCUUAG